CCGCAGCACGAUGGAGGCGGGCGGCCGGGCUCUGCGCUGCGUGCUGGCCGCUGUGGGACUGCUGUCGGCGCUCAGCGCGGCGGGGACGCUGUUCCUGCUGGCGCAGUGGCGGGAGCUGAGCGCGGCGCUGCGGGAGAUGGAGGCGGCGCGGCUCCCCGCGGCCAACGGCUCCGUGCGGGACCCGCUGGGCUCAGCCGGGCCCGGCCACCCGCCCCCCGCCCGCAGCAGGAGGAGCCGCCGCGGGCACGUGCGUGCCGAGAGCGAGGAGAUGCUGAUGAUGCUCACCUACUCCAUGGUGCCGGUCCGAGUGAUGGUGGAUUUAUGUAACAGCACAAAAGGGAUAUGCUUAACAGGCCCACCAGGUCCCCCAGGGCCCCCUGGACUCGAUGGACUGCCCGGCUACAACGGCUCAGAUGGAGCCCCAGGUGUCCCAGGUCAAAAGGGAGAGCCAGGACUAAAUGGAAAGAGAGGAAAAAUGGGUGUGCCAGGACCAAAAGGUGACCAAGGGGAGAAAGGAGAACCUGGAGAAAUAGGUUUACCUGGCAAGGACGGUAUGCCUGGUGUGAAAGGUGCAAGAGGAGCAAAGGGAGAAAAGGGGGAUGCAAACAAUGAUGUGAUAUUGGAAGGUGCAAAAGGUGAACCUGGACCACCAGGCCCCCCUGGGCCUCCUGGACCUCCAGGGCCUCCAGGAAAACGUAAAGGUAAAGCACAGCUUCAGGAGAAUAUGUACAGCAACAAAUGCACAGGUGAGACGUGUGCUGUACCAAAUGAUGAUACCUUGGCUGGAAAAGCUGAAGACAGACCCUCCGGUCAUUCCAAAAAAGCUGAGUGUGUCAUAACAUCUGUAGGAAGUCCUGUUCACUUUGUCAGCGUACAGCAAACGUUUGGAACGUGGAUGCGGGAACCUGGGAAUGUGAGCGAUGAAAGGAUUUGGCUUACCAUGCACUUCUCAGGAAACUCUAUAAAAGAAUAUGAGAAUUCCAAUGCCUUGCUGAAUGACAGCUACAGGAUCAUUAACAUCACAGGAUUCUUUUACGGUUGCGGUCACGCAGUACAAAACAAUCAUCUGUACUACCAAAAGGGAGGAACCAAUGUCAUUCUGAAACUUGGGCUUGAUAAAGCGUCGCUGGGCAUGCUGCUCAUUGAGAAUGCCCUGUAUCACGGCCGUAACUACCUCUUUUCUAACUCGAAGACGUAUUUCAACAUAGCAGUGGAUGAAAAAGGACUCUGGAUUAUAUAUGCCUCAAGCACUGAUGAAACAAUAAUAGUAGCACACAUUGAUGAAGAAACGUUCUCAGUCAUUCGGCAUAUCAAUACUACAUAUCCAAAGUCCAAAGCUGGUAAUGCAUUCAUAGCAUGUGGAAUUAUCUAUGUUACUGAUACUAAGGACAUGACAGUAAGUUUUGCUUUUGAUUUACUGAAAGAAAAGCAGGUUGAUGCAAGGUUUGAGUUACGGUCUUCACAGUCUGUUCUUGCUAUGCUCUCAUACAGUCUAAGAGAUAAGAAUUUGUAUACGUGGGAGAAUGGGAGUUUAAUGGUAUAUCCAGUACAUUUUGGUGGAUGAAUAUAUUUUAAAAAGGAAUGUUAGGAAAUCAUGUUUGACUAAACAGAUUAUUUAAAGCUAUAUGAUAUACAUAUUGGAGUCCCUUCACUUGGUGUACCCUUUCUGUUCACUGCUGGUGGUUUGCGUGCUUGCAUAAAAGGGAAAUCAGACCCCUUUGUAUAAAUGCACUUAAAUCAUACAGGCUAUUUCUUCUUUUUGUUGUUCAGAGAAUGUUCGAUAUUACAGCUGGCACACAGUUACCACAGACUUGCUUUUGUUUUUCCCAUUCUUGAGCCAAUAAUUAGACCUAAUGUAUGUUGAUUAUUCCAUGGUCCUGUGAUCAGCAGUGACUAUUUAUAACUUCCAGUUGCAAUCAUCUUAUCUGCAGUCAUUUUCUAGUCAGCAAUUAUGGUAUAAGUGUCUAAAUAAUGAACUUGUGUACAAAUACUUUCCUCGGUUGCCCCUCUUCUCUGUGAACGUAUUUUUGACAAGGAUAUAGAGCUGUUAAGAGGACUGGAAAGAGUUGUUUAAAUAUCAAAAAGCAAAAUCUUCAGAUUUGAGAAGUCCAGCCAACUGUUACAUCAUUAAAAGCACAAUCCAGCCCCAGUUGCAAGGAAAAUGGUAGUAAUGACAUUAUUAAAUACUGACGCCUGUGAAACUGUUUAGUAAAGUAAAUGUGGGAAGGAAAGUAACUGGGUAUAAAAUUGGAAGAAAACAUGUACAUUUUAAAAUUAAAAUUCCUGUUUAAACAGUGUUGUAGUUGCUUGUAUUGUUGGAAUCUCUUCCUUCCCCCUCUCACUGCCACAUAAAGUCCACCAUUUCAUAGAAUUACAGCUCACUAAGUGUAGUUACAAGGAAGGUGCAUUUCUGAUAAAUUUUCCUCACACUUAUUCAUAGAAAUGAAGUCACAAAAUGGAGAGUGUACUUCUUUGCUGGUAUUUGAAAAAUGAAAUACCUGGAGCAGGAUGGCCUGUAUUUGUUAUAGUGCUUAGUGACUUGAUUCAGAAGGUAGCCACUCACAUUCAAACUUUCAGGAACAAGAGGCAAAAAGUGAUAGGAGCUUUUGAUUUUAAUUUUGUUCAGUACUUCAGAUUUCUAACUUUAACAUUGGAACAUCCAUUGUGUCUUUGUGUGUUUCAAUUCAAAAUCGCCCUCUGAAAACUUGAAUUGCAAAGUUGUCAGUGCCUAUUGGUAAAUCCGUGGGAUUAAUCCAAAUAUUUAAAAACAAAGUCUCUUAAACCUGACUGCACUCAGCUGUUUAAUGCCUACUUGGUAUCAAGGAGCCAUUGAAUGGAUAAAAAGAAUGCAGGAUGAUCUUUGCAUGCAGAACUUUACUAACAGAUGUAUUAGAAAAAUAAAGCUGCUGCAGCUGAGCUUCAGUGUGUGAUACAGUGAUGGCUGGGCCUGGGCAGUAUCCUCUUCUCUUAGCAUGUUUGCUGGUUUCACUGAGGCCAGGAUUUUGGCCUCCUGUGCUAAGAAUAGAGGUGCAGGCAGAGACAAAAAAGCACAAUUAAUACUGUGAACUAAUAAGCACGUCAGAACUCAUGUGCCAAGAAUCCUAUCCACAACAAUAAUGCAAAACAUCACAGUCCAGAAUUACAUCUUGGGGGAGGUGGUGGUUUGUUGUUUUUUUUUAAUUCUGUUACUAAGAAAGUAGACUUCUUAGUUUAAAAAAAAACCAAAUCAUCAGGGAUAUAUACUGGUGAAAAUAUAGUUUAAGCCAGAUUUGAAAUUUUUUAUAUAGCAUGCAUAUGUUAAAUAUGUUAAAUUUCUGGAUGUCAUUGCUGACCCAGUCAGAUCAACCUACUGGAGAAAGGCCAGCAAACUCCAUCUCCUGCCUCAGUGGCUGAGCCAGGCUUGUGUAAGAAGUGUUUCUUGCAGCUGCCUCAGUUGGAGAUGGAGAACUACAUGUUGGCUUCAUAAUUUUCUAGGAAAGCUGAAAAUGAAAUGCAAAAGUUUUUCUUACUUGAGUGUGGUCAGGUCAAGU